CUCGUAGAAAAUGUCGUUAUCAUAUCUCCGCAUGAGAACGCGUUACAAUAAAAUAAAAGCAUAAGCCAUGGCAGUCGACCACAUGUGGGAGAUUUGCCGGAUUUGAAACCGUGACAGCAUCGCGAGUACAAUAUCAAAAUAAUAAUAUCUACACAUACAUUCUCUUACUCUUACUAACGGAUGUUCACCAGUUUAUUUUAUUUUAUACUCUGCACCGUUACAAAACUAUCCGUAAACAAGCGCAUCAACACGAUAACCGAUCCUUUCUAUUCCGUUGCAACAUAAAAAGCAUUCGUGCAAAAGUUCAAUUAUAAGUUUAAUAAAAUAAUAUUCGUGUAGUCCUGAGUGAUUGAUUCAUUACGAAAGAUGGUUGAGGCUUUUAAACAAUGUUUCUGUAAUCAGAUUUGGAUUCUACCAACUAUAGCUUUGAUAACGUGGUUUUUCUGGAAGGACAAACGAUACAGAUGCUUUUAUAUCAUUUACAAAACAUGGCGUCGUGAUUUAAUGGGAAUAUGGAUGGUGGCGAGAGCUAUGUACAAAAUUUUAAAAUUCGAAAGAAAUAAAGAGUCCGUUCCAAAAAUAUUCACGAAAAUAGCAAAGAGCAGACCAAACAAAGUAUCGUUCUAUUUCGAAGAAGAAAUUUGGACGUUUCAAAGACUCGAAGAUUUCAGUAACAAAGUAGCCAAUUAUUUCAUUGCAUCUGGUUAUCAAAAAGGCGACACUGUAGCACUUUUACUUGAAAACAGACCUGAAUAUGUUGGAAUUUGGAUGGGACUAUCGAAACUAGGAGUGAUUACCGCCUUGAUCAAUACAAAUUUAAUUUCAAAACCUUUGAAUCACUGUAUAUCCGUAGCCAAUGUCAAAGCGUUGAUAUUCGGGUCAGAUUUUCAAAAUGUCAUAAAUGAUAUUUAUCCUAACUUGAAAAACAUUCAACUCAUCCAUUACAAUACCUCAAAGACAGGAAUCCAAGCAGACAAACUUACGAAUCCUAUCGAUUUGAAACAAUGUUUGACUGAUCAAUCGGUGGUUUCUCCGGAAAAAUAUAUCGCUAAUACGGAACCCAAGGAUAUAUUAUUUUACAUAUAUACUUCUGGAACUACUGGACUACCGAAAGCGGCCAAAAUUAGACAUUCCAGAUUCUACUUUGCCGUCACCGGAAUCAACUCGUUUUUGGAUCUAAAAGACAACGAUAUUUUCUACAAUCCUCUGCCCCUUUACCACGCCACUGGUGGCAUGCUGACGAUCGGUCAAUGCGUUAAUUUCGGAGCGACCAUAGCUUUGCGGAAAAAAUUUUCAGCUUCUGGUUUCUGGACUGAUUGCAACAAAUACAACUGCACGAUCGCCAAUUACAUAGGAGAAACAUGCAGAUACAUCCUGACAGCUCACAAAGACAAAAGUAACAUAGAGCACAAAAUUAGAAAGAUGAUCGGGAACGGUUUGAAGAAGGAUAUCUGGAAAGAAUUCGUAGAUAAAUUUAACAUCCCCAUGAUGGAAGAAUUUUAUGGCUCUACUGAAGGAAACUCGAAUUUAAUUAACCUAGACAACCGAAUAGGUUCUGUGGGAUUCAUCCCGUUCUACUUGAGCUCCAUAGUCCCGAUGUCUCUAAUAAAAUGCAACGAUGAGACCAAUGAACCUCUUAGAGACGAAAACGGUUUCUGCAUUAAAUGUAAAAUCGACGAAUCUGGAAUUUUGAUCGGGAAAAUCAAUAAGAAAAUCAGCACUCAAAAUUUCGACGGUUACGUCGAUACCAAAGAAACUAAUAAGAAAAUUUUGAAUGACGUUUUUAAAACGGGUGAUUCUUAUUUUAAUUCCGGAGAUCUAAUGGUUAAAGACGAGUUUGGGUAUAUUUAUUUUAAAGAUAGAACUGGAGAUACGUACAGAUGGAAAGGUGAGAACGUAGCAACAACUGAAGUUGAACAGGUUGUUUCAGAAAUAAUAGGAGCCAAAAAUAUGGUUGUAUAUGGAGUUGAGGUUCCUAAAAGCGAUGGAAGAGCUGGUAUGAUUGCAGUAGAAGACUUAGCAAACGCUAUAGAUAGAAAAAAAUUAGCGGAAAGUUUAAAAAGUCAUUUACCUGCAUACGCCAUACCGUUAUUUUUGAGAAUUAUGGAUUCGCUUCCGAUGACAGGAACGUUCAAAGUUAAGAAGACGGAACUACAAAACGAAGGAUUCGAUAUUGGGGUCAUCAAGGAUCCGAUAUACGUUUAUGACAGCAAAAAAAUCGAUUACAUUCCAAUAAACGAUCUAUAUGAGGGCAUUAUAGCUGGGAAUGUGAAAAUAUAA